UUCCAUAAUAAGAAAAUACCUGAGUUCCCGUCACCUCCUGUCUUCCUCUCUCAAACCCUAGUAGCUUGCCGGAACCCUAAACCCUCCGGCCAUGGCGCUCUCCCUCCGCCUUCGCCGAGCCCUCGCCCUCUCCUCCUCCCUCCUCAAGGACCGCUCCUUUUCCUCGAUCGUCUCCUCUUCUUCCCCUCCUCUCCCUCUCUCGCGGUUCCGCGCCGCCCCGGCGCUUCUCGGAAGCCCUCGCACUAGCCUCCAUUAUCGGAUCCAAUCACUCUCGUUCCGUUCGUCGCCGAUGCUCGCUGACCGCCGUGCGGACGGCGGCGAGGAGAGGAAGAUAUCGCCGGACGAGAUUUUGUUCGAGGGCUGCGACUACAACCACUGGCUCAUCACGAUGGACUUCCCCAAGGACCCCGCGCCCACGCGCGAGGAGAUGAUCGAGACCUACAUCCAGACCCUGGCCAAGGUCGUCGGAAGUGUGGAGGAGGCUAAGAAAAGAAUGUAUGCUUUAAGCACCACAACCUACACUGGUUUUCAAGCUGUAAUGACCGAAGAAAUGUCUGAAAAGUUUCGAGGCCUGCCUGGAGUUGUCUUCAUUUUGCCUGACUCAUAUAUUGAUCCAGUAAACAAGGAGUAUGGAGGCGACAAAUAUGACAAUGGGGUUAUCACUCCGAGGCCUCCUCCAAUUCAAUAUGGGAGACAAGGAAGACCAAGAAACCAAAACAGAUACAACAGGCCAAAUUAUAACAGACCACCACUGCAAGGAAACCUGCCACCUGAUAAUCAGGGCUAUAUGCAACGAGAUGGAGGAAAUUAUGCUCCACAGCAGAAUUAUAGUGAGGCCAGAACAGAUGGAAGGGGUUAUGGUCCACCAGGAGAGAGGAGGGAAUUUGGGCUAGGUGAGCGAAGAGAUUAUGCACCAGCUGGGCCAAGAGAUGGUUACCAGGGAGAACGGAGAGGUCCAGGGUCUUCGUAUCAAACAGAUUUUAACCAAGGAAAUCGAGGUAAUUUUGGCCCUCCAGAGCAGAGGAACUUCCCACAAGGACAGGGAGGAGAUUAUAAAUAUGGUGGCUCUUCUGGUUAUGGAGAUUACAGGCAAAAUUCAGACCCUGGUUACACUGGAGAUUACAGACAGGGGUCGGUCCCUGGUUACAGUGGACAAGGUUAUGGUGGAGAUAACAGACAAGGAGCAGGACCUGGAUAUGGGGCAGAUUAUAUGCAAGGAUCAGGUACUGGUUAUGCACAGGGCCACCCUGGUCCUAUAGAAGGACAACCACAGCCGUGGAAGGGGCAUCCUCAACAUACUGAUGUUGAAUCAAGUUGGAAUUCAAGGAGAUGAAAGAUAAAAUCUCUCCCCGAAAAUGCAUAACGGCACUCAAUUCACUGUAAAUUUUUGUGUUAAGUGUGCUCAUUCAAACUAAUGUAUGGGCAUUUUGACUGUCUAUUGUUAAUGGAGCACAUAUGUGGCCUUUUACCUGUGUCUGGUCUUUCUUUCUGUAGCAUUUGUUAUAAAUUUAAUGUUUUUCUUUCUACGGAGCUUCAAGGGACUAACAAUAAAUUCCUUUUCUUUCGCGGCACU